GUGGCCGCUCCCUCUUUUCCCUCCUCUUUUGCGUCAUGUCGGGCACUUGAUUUCUUUUCUUUUUGUUUUUAAUUCUUCCUUCAUCCCUUUCCACCUCUCACCUUCCUCUUCCUCUCCCAGGUGAUUUGUUUUCACUCUCUGGGCUUGCCCAUGAGCCUCCUCGGGAGCUACCGGAAAAAGACCAGCAACGAUGGUUAUGAAUCCUUGCAGCUGGUGGACAGUAACGGGGACUUAAGUGCGGGGAACGGCGGGGGUGGCGGCAAGCAGAGAGUGAAUGCCGGGGUGGCGGCGGCGUGGAGUCCCGCCCGGCAUCCUCCGGACCUCGCCAGCACCAUGGACAGCUCAGGUGCCUCGUCUCCAGACAUGGAGCCCAGCUAUGGAGGUGGUCUCUUUGACAUGGUGAAAGGAGGUGCAGGGCGACUCUUUAGUAAUCUGAAGGACAACUUAAAAGACACCCUCAAAGACACAUCUUCUAGGGUCAUACAGUCUGUUGCCAGCUAUACGAAGGGAGAUUUAGACUUCACAUAUGUUACCUCAAGAAUUAUUGUGAUGUCCUUUCCUCUGGACAACGUUGACAUAGGCUUCAGGAAUCAGGUUGAUGACAUUAGAAGCUUUUUGGAUUCCAGACAUCUUGACCACUACACAGUGUACAAUCUGUCACCCAAGUCUUACCGAACUGCCAAGUUUCACAGCAGGGUCUCAGAAUGCAGUUGGCCCAUUAGGCAGGCACCCAGUUUGCACAACCUCUUUGCUGUGUGUCGGAAUAUGUAUAACUGGCUACUACAGAAUCCCAAAAAUGUCUGUGUCGUACACUGCUUGGAUGGACGGGCGGCAUCGUCAAUUCUGGUUGGUGCUAUGUUCAUUUUCUGUAAUCUCUACUCUUCUCCUGGCCCAGCUGUUCGGUUGCUGUAUGCAAAAAGACCAGGGAUUGGACUUUCACCAUCACACAGGAGAUAUCUGGGCUACAUGUGUGACCUACUAGCGGACAAACCCUACCGCCCUCAUUUCAAGCCACUGACGAUUAAGUCAAUCACUGUCAGUCCAAUCCCCUUUUUUAACAAGCAGAGAAAUGGAUGUCGCCCUUACUGUGAUGUGUUGAUCGGAGAAACCAAAAUAUAUACAACCUGCACAGAUUUUGAACGAAUGAAAGAAUAUCGUGUCCAAGAUGGAAAAAUCUUCAUUCCUCUAAACAUCACUGUGCAAGGAGAUGUGAUUGUUUCCAUGUACCACUUGAGGUCAACCAUUGGGAGCCGGCUGCAGGCUAAGGUGACCAAUACACAGAUAUUCCAGCUUCAGUUUCAUACUGGAUUCAUACCAUUGGACACAACCGUUUUAAAGUUCACUAAACCGGAGUUGGAUGCAUGUGAUGUACCAGAAAAAUAUCCUCAGCUAUUUCAGGUGACACUGGAUGUAGAACUGCAGCCCCAGGACAAAGUGAUUGACUUAACCCCACCCUGGGAACAUUACUGCACAAAAGACAUCAAUCCCAGCAUCCUCUUCUCUUCUCAUCAAGAGCAGCAGGACACUCUGGCCUUAGGAGGACAAACUCAAGCCGACAUCCCUCCAGAGAACCCCAGACAUGCUGGGCAAAGUGGCUUCUUUUCCUCACUCUGCUGGCAAGAUCAGAAAUCAGAGAAGUCGUUCUGUGAGGAGGACCACGCUGCCCUAGUGAAUCAGGAAAGUGAGCAGUCGGAUGAUGAACUUCUGACCCUUUCUAGUCCACAUGGCAAUGCCGAUGGUGACAAACAUCAUGGCACCAAGAAGUCCAGCAAAAAACCACAGGAGGCAGCUGCACCUCCACCCCCUGAAGACGUGGACCUUCUGGGCCUAGAGGGGUCUGCAGUGAGUAAGACCUUCUCUCCCCCGGCGGCUCCUCCCACCAAUUCUGAACUGCUGAGUGACCUGUUUGGGGGUACAGGCAUGGCUGGUCCUACACAGGCGGCACAGUCAGGGAUGGACAAUGUGUUUCAUCCAAGUGGACCUACAUCUACCCAGUCGACACCACGCCGGUCUGCUGCCUCCGCCUCCGCAUCGCCAACCCUAAGAGUGGGAGAAGGCGCCUCCUUUGAUCCAUUUGGAGCACCUUCAAAACCAUCAGGCCAAGAUUUGCUGGGUUCUUUUCUGAACACAUCUGGUGUAUCCAGUGACCCCUUUCUUCAGCCUACAAGAAGUCCAUCACCUACGGUGCAUGCUUCUAGUACACCUGCUGUGAACAUUCAGCCAGAUGUUUCAGGAGGCUGGGACUGGCAUGCUAAACCAGGAGGUUUUGGAAUGGGAAGCAAGUCAGCUGCCACCAGCCCAACAGGCUCUUCACAUGGCACGCCCACCCAUCAAAAUAAACCCCAGACUCUGGAUCCUUUUGCCGACCUUGGGGCACUUGGUAGUUCUUCAUUUGCUAGCAAACCCACCACACCGACUGGAUUGGGUGGAGGAUUUCCGCCUCUCAGCUCACCACAGAAGGUGUCUCCCCAGCCUAUGGGUGGAGGGUGGUCCCAGGGUGGGGGCUACAACUGGCAGCAAUCACAGUCCAAGCAACAGCCCAGCAUGCCCCACUCGUCACCACAGAACCGACCCAACUACAACGUGAGCUUCACAGCCAUGCCUGGUGGCCAGAGUGAACGUGGGAAAGGACCCACUAAUUUGGAAGGGAAACAAAAAGCAGCGGACUUUGAAGACCUCCUCUCUGGCCAAGGCUUCAAUGCACACAAAGAUAAAAAGGGACCUCGAACAAUAGCUGAGAUGAGAAAGGAGGAAAUGGCUAAGGAAAUGGAUCCUGAAAAACUAAAGAUUCUAGAAUGGAUAGAAGGCAAAGAAAGAAAUAUCAGAGCACUUCUUUCUACUCUGCACACUGUGCUGUGGGCUGGAGAGACCAAGUGGAAACCAGUAGGCAUGGCAGACCUGGUAACACCGGAGCAGGUGAAGAAGGUGUAUCGGAAGGCUGUCCUGGUGGUGCACCCAGAUAAAGCUACUGGACAACCCUACGAACAAUAUGCAAAGAUGAUUUUCAUGGAACUAAAUGAUGCCUGGUCUGAAUUUGAAAAUCAAGGCCAAAAGGCCUUGUAUUAAUUAAUGAGCUUUCCCAUCUCUGCUGCAGACCUGUGCUAUGCUUAGUGUGUAUCAAUAUCCUGAGUAUUCACAGAUGAACCAAAAAUUCCAAUAACAAGUUUUCCAGUACUAAACUGUUCAAUUACUCGUGAAUUAAUUCCUCGUCUAAGGAAUGUGGAUGCUUGGUUUCUGGAAGUCCCCAGCAUACAUUGUUGAGAACAAGAGAGGAACUCUUAGUCAGAGUUCCUGCCCUCUGGGGGAGCCUGUUCAGAAUUUUGCCUGGGAGAAACGGAAAUAGAGGCCCCAAAGGCUCCCAACACCCAUCUCAUUUGAGAAUAGGAUUAAAUGAGCAAAAGUUAAGAUAAUAGAUGGUUUUAAAUAAUGGUUUUUAAAUUUUCUUGAAAAGAUGUAAUUUGAGCAACAGCUUUACACAGACUGGAGGAACACAACCAGCAGUUUUUGGGUUUUUUUCUUCUGUUUUUUAAAUGGAAAUUUACUAUGACCUUUAGCAUACUGUAUACUUCUUUUGGUCUGGAAGACUAACAGAUGUAACAGAACCUGAAUGGUGGUAAGUGAUUAUGCUACAGUCCAUUGAUUACCACUGACUGUUCCUAGGUAAGCAGAAAGAUUAGUAAAAAUGCUGCCUAAAGAAAAUAGGGGCUC